AUGGUUGAUACAAAGUUCAUCACAUUGUAUCGACAACCAGGAAUUGGAUUCGGAUUCAAUGUCAUAAGGCGAAAGGGUCGACCACUCGCAAUUUGUAUGGUGCUAGAUGGAGGACCUGCGAAAGAAAGUGGCCAGGUUGGUGUCGGCGAUAUCGUAGUCAGUAUUAACGGUAAGGAUGUAUCGGAAAUGCUUACAGGUGAAGAUGCCUCACAUAUGGGUCAAAAUACUCCAAGCGAUAGUAUUUUACUAUCAUCUUUGCAAUCUGGUUCUGAAUCCGGAUUUACAGAUAAAGAAGCUCAGAAACAUAUAUCUCAGAUUUCUACAAUUGACACUUCUGUUGUCUCGACAAAUAAUCAACUCCAAAACAAAACAUCAAAUAGCUUACACGAAAGCUAUACAAGUCCACAAAAAUGUAUGUGCGUACCUGAGCUAGUAACUUUGCCUCAAAAUAUCGUUAAGGGAAGUAGAAAGACUAAUAACUUUAAUUUAGAUGUAGAUAACACAUUAGACUGGACCAUUGAUUUCGCCGAAGAAUGUGUGAAACCUAAUGUGGGAAACCAAAUCGAAUGUGAAUCUGACUCAAAGAGCGGUAGAGUAAAUAAUUCUGGGAAAAAUAUUUCAAAAUUUAUGCAAGAUCCUGUGAUGCAAAAUAAUAGAUUAGAUAGCUUAAGCCGCGAUAUUUAUUCGAAACAAAUCGUAUCGGUCGAUAGUGGACUGUCUAUGGAAAAUUCCGGUAGUGAUUUCAAUAAUUACGGAAGAGCUUGUAGUAAAGACGGCGAUCUAGUCUGGAUUAAGGUUUCUGGCAUAAAAAAGACCACGUCAGCUGCGUCACUGAAGAACAGGACAAUUGUUCGCCGAAGUCUUCGAGAUUCGAGUUUAAAUCACAUAUGUAAUAACCCAUGUGAAGGCCAAGGCAACCCUAGUCAUUUGAAGGAGAUUAUAUUGAACAAUGCCUAUGAUACAACAGAAUAUCACAGGAUUACUACCGCUGACAAUACUAAAAUAGAUAAACUAUCAUGCGAAUCUAAUACUUCUAUCCUGAAAGGUGCACCUGUUGACAGUUACGUUGACGAUCUUGCUCAAAAAAUGUACAAUCUUGACGGUUAUGAUGUCAACGAUAUUGCCAAGAAUAUUAAUGGAAAAUCUGAAUAUGCACGCAAACUUGGCUCGGCGUAUCUGGGGCUUUACAACUUCAAAGGAGAGCGCAUAGAUAAUAGUCUGAGAUCUUUAUUAAAAAGAAUGACAAUUACUGGAGAAACACAAGAUCGGGAACGAGUUUUGCAACAUUUUUCACGACGUUAUUACGAAGAUAAUCCGACCGUUUUCGAUUCUGAAGAUCAAGUUCAUACCAUUGCUUGUGCGUUGAUGUUGUUAAACUCCGAUCUUCAUGGAGAGAAUAUUGGUAAGAAAAUGACGUUUAACGAUUUUGUGAAGAAUUUACCUGUACCGAAAAAAAAUUCUAGCUUAGGUAGAGACAUUCUUAAGUUUCACAAUAGGAAUUAUACUAUUCCGUUAAAGAAAGCAAGUUGGAAUGGGCAUUGUAAGUUAAUUCGAAGUAAUUUAAUCACUAAUGCUAUCGGCAAUAUUACAUUUAAGGAAGGACAAUUAAGAUGCAAAUUUACUGAAAGCACUGAUGGAAGAAGGCGAAGUAAAUUAAAAGGAAGAAAAUGGAAACAAAGAUAUCUGAGUUUACGCGGAACUACGUUGUAUAUUUUGAAGAACUACUCAACGACGGAAAUUGGCUCAAAUGAAGCAGAUUCUAUUAGCCUACUUCAUGCCUAUGCUCUUAGAUGUUCCGAUUAUAAAGGUCAUAAAAGGGAUAAUAUAUUCAAACUGACUACUUCCGACUGGAAGACAUUUCUAUUUGAAGCCGCAAACGAAUUAGAAUUGGAACAGUGGUUGUUAUCUGUUAAUGUUAUCGCUGCACGAUAUUCCUCGCCACCCUUACUGGGCGGUGUCGGUAACAGUAAGAAGUUUGUCAGGCCGAUGCUCCCGAUCAUAUCAAGUACCCUCAGCACCCGAUCAUCACUUCAGUUGCAACUGGAAGAGCUUUAUGAUGCUCCUGCUUCAUCAAGAGAUCGAUCACAACAGAAAUCGGGUAGCCUUAAGUCUAUAAAUUUUUCUAUCCCUUAUGAACAUCGUUGUUGGAUUGCUGGAUUGUUUGGUAUUUAUAUGAAAGGUGAACGUACAAAUAAUAAUAAUACCCUAAUAGCAAAGGUGAUUCAGCAGGCCGGUUUCGAUAUUAGCAUACGAGCACCAACAGUUCCGAUUAUGCUUCAUCCGAAUUUAAACAAUUAUGAACAAAUAGAUGUCAUGGCUACUGUACUUCCUUAUACAAAUUUAUAG